ACAAAUCAAAAUACAAAUAUCUAUGCGAUUUUGGUAAUGAUUGCUACUGUCAUUAUUAAUGGUGUUUUUAUUUGACUGAGUUGAGAUUUUGGAAUAUACCUAUUGAUAUAAAAUACAAGUUUAUCAAUAGUGUGACAGAUUAAUUUCUAAUGGCUUUAACUGAGGAUAGCAAAUCAACGUCCGUAAAAUCUCAAAGCACGGGGAACCAGAAAUCAGAGAAACGUGAAAAACCUCCGACCAAAGUUGUUAUUAGAAGACUUCCACCCAUAAUAGAAAAGGAUUCAUUAUUGAACCAAAUUUCGCCGUUACCUGAUUAUGAUUAUUUUUAUCUGGUUAAUGGGGAGGCAGCUUUGGGAGAAAAUUCUUUCUCACGAGCAUAUAUUAAUUUCACCAAUGUAACAGACGUUUACGAGUUCAAAGAAAGAUUUGAUAAUUAUGUUUUCCUGGAUCAGAAAGGAAAUGAAUAUCCUGCCGUUGUGGAAUUUGCACCUUUUCAAAAAAUUCCCAAGAAACGUAAUAAAGUGAGAUGCGACCCUAAAUGUGGAACGAUUGAGACUGAUCCAUAUUAUUUGGAGUUUUUGGAAUAUUUGAAGAAACCUAAAGAACAGGAAGAUAAACCAGAAUAUUCAUAUCAGUUCUCUUCUGAAAAUAAGGAGAAGGAUACUGUCACCACUCCUUUACUAGAGUUUGUGAGAAGUCGAAGAGCUGAGCGAAUGAGGAUCCGAGAAGAACGUAGGGAAGAAAGGAGAAGAAAAGAGAAGAAAAUUAGGGAAGAAGAAAAGAAGAAGAGGUCUGAGGAAAAGUUUUUGUCUAAAUCAUUUUCUAAAAUGAAAUUGGAUAAUAAAGAUAUAUCAGAUAAUGAAGAAAGAGAAGAAGGAUUGGAGAAUUGCGAAAUCAAAAGUGAGAAUUAUUCAGAGAAAUCGUAUCCAUAUAAAAAUAAAGAGAGAAAAUUUGAGGAGCGCAAAAGAAAUACGAAAAUUGCUUCACCUAGAAAAGAAUUUGUUGAUAAACGAGAUUUCAAAAAUCGAAAAGAACAUUUCAAAGAAUCUAAAGUUGAUCCACCCAAGAAGGAAGAAAAGCAGGUACCAAAAAAAGCAAAGAAAUACAGUGAGAAAAGAGAAGAACGUAAAAUGGAGGCGCAAAAAAGAGCAGAAGAAUUGGAGAAAAAAGGAGCAAAUGCCGAUUGCUCCAUUCCUGAAUCUAAGAAGGAUAAAUCUGAAAGUGAGUUGGUGGAAAAAAUUGAUAAUACUGACUUGAAUAAAUCAGAACAGGAGGAUAAACCAUUUGACACUAGAACAAAGUCUAGUGAAAAGGAAGAUAAAGAGAUUGACAAUAAGCCUGAAGUUAAUAAAAACAAAGAAACUUCUAAGAAUCACAAAUCAUCAAAGGAGCCUAAAAUACCUGAGACUAAUUCUUUGGAAUCUAUAGAUAGCAACAAAGAGCACAAGAAAGAGAGAAUCAGAAACAAAGAUCGACCUACAAUAGCAAUUUACAGACCUGGCAUGCUAUCUAAAAGAAAGCUGACAGAUGGUGAUGAGAAAGAAUCAUCAAAUAAGGAAACAAAGUGAAAAACAGCAUUUGUUAUAGAUUUUGGCGAAAAAUUGUUGAUUUAUUUCUCAUAACCAUGCAUAGUUUUUUCUUUUCAUUCCCAUUUCAUCUUUACGUUCAAUUCGGAAUGAGGUUGUGAAAUUUAAAUUUCAUUGAGACAUAAGUAGAUCAACCUUGACCAUUAAGGAAUUUGAAGACAUCAAAAUUUCAAAAUGCUGAAUUAAUAUCAAUAUCAAUGAUUUGAUACUGUGAUGAGGAAAACACUUUUGUGCGUUUGUACAUAUAAAAUAAAUUUUUUUCUGCUUAUA